AUGCGUUCACCAUCUAUUAAUGAUAAACCACAACAAACAAAUAUCAAUAAAUUAAGGAUAAAUAAUUCAGUAAUGGAUUAUUCAUUAAAAGAAUUACAGCAAAUAGUCACUCAUCAACAAGAACAAAUUGAACAUAAUCAACAAUUAUUAAUCUCACGUGAACAACGUCUUAAAUAUCUUAAACAAGAAGAAACAUUACGUGCAAAACGUUUUAAACAAAAUAUUCAACAACAAGAAAUGAAACAUUUACGUUUAAGAACACUUGAAAAUCAAAUAAAUCAAUAUAAAAUAUCAAAUUCAACAUUUGAAAAUGAAUUAGAUAUAUUAAAACAAAUAUUUUUAAAUAAAGAAGAUGAAUUAACCAAAUCAUUACAUAAAAUAAAUGAUUUAACAAAACAAUGUGAACAAAUAAGAAAAUUAAAAUUAACAGCAAAUAAAGAACAAUCACAAAAUAGAAAUGAAUUAGAUAAAUUAAAACAAGAAUUAUUAAUAAGAAAUAAAUUAAAUGAACAACAAAAUCGUCAAAUAACUUAUCAACGUGAAAUCUAUGCAUCAAAACAAGCCGAAUUAAAUCAAUUAAAUUAUCGAAUAAAUGAUAUUCAACAAAGUUUAAUGAAAAAAAAAAUAUGUCAAACAAUAACAACAACACCUGUUCAAACAAUUUCAUCAUCGAAUCAUUUUAAAAUCGCUUUAGAUAAUGUACAAAAUACAUUGAAUAAUAUUAAUAUAGCUGAAAUUGAAAAACGUAUGGUACAAUUAGCAAAUUCAUUUAAUUCAAUUAAUACAAAUGAAACAUCGAUAAUACCUGAAAUUAACAAUACAAACAAUUCUUCUUCAUCAUCAUCAUCGAUGGUUACAUCUAAACAAGUACUUGCGUCUAAAAAUGAAAUAGCAGCAACAUCUGUGAUGUGUUCAUCAAAUACAUCAGUAUCAUUUUCACCACUUUCAAAUGAAUCAAUAAAAAUUGAAGAACAAUUAUUACCACCUAAUCUACGUUUAAAUGAUGAUAUACUUUCAGUUCAUUUUAAUAAUAAAGCAUCAAAUGUUAAAAAACGUCAUUCAUUAUGUGAUCCAUGUGAUUCAUUAAUAAAAUACUUAUCACCAAAUACUGAACAACAACAACCAAUUCAAGUUCGAGAUGAUUCAUUCAUAAAUUCAUCUUUAUCAAAAACAGAAUCAACUAUUGUUGCAUAUGAAAGUCUUGUAGAUUUUCAAAGUAAAAUUACUUGUAAGAAAUCAGAUGAAGGAGAAGAAGAUGAAGAAGACAAAGAAGAACAAUCAAUAAUGGAAUCAUUUAUAUCUGAUACAGAAUCUGAAGGUUCAGUUUCUGACGAUAUUGAAUCAAAUUUAUCAUUUCCAGUAACUAUAUUACCAUCUGAUACGAAUCUUAAAUCUUUAUUAAAAACUUCAACAACACCUAAAAAUACUUCUCGACGUGUUAUAUUUGAUCCAUUAACAAUUCUUCUUGAUGCCGCUGUUAUUGGAGAUCUUGAACUUGUUACAAAAUCUGCAAAAGAAGUGAAAAAUAUAAGUCAACCAAAUGAUGAAGGUUUAACAGCUUUACAUAAUGCAGUAUGUGCAGCAAAUAUUGAAUGUAUUAAAUUUUUAGUUAAAUUUGGUUGUGAUAUUAAUUAUGCUGAUAAUGAUGGUUGGACAUCUUUACAUUGUGCUGCAUCAUGUAAUCAAACAUUUAUAGUAGAAUUUUUAAUUAAACAUGGAGCUUGUAUAUAUGCAACAACGAUUCGAGAUAAUGAAACAGCUGCUGAUAAAUGUGAAGAAGAUGAAGAAAAUUAUACAGAUUGUUCACAAUAUCUUUUAAAUGUACAAAAUGAUUUAGGUGUAAUUAAUGAUGGAUUAGUUUAUGCUUUAUAUGAUUAUGAACCAGAUUCAUUAGUAAAUGAUGAACUUGAAUUUAAAAAUGGUGAUCAAUUGAAAAUAUUAAGACGUGGAGAUGAUAAUGAAUGUGAAUGGUGGUGGGCAAAACAUGAAAAUACAGAAAAAGAAGGUUAUAUACCACGAAAUUAUCUUGGACUUUAUCCAAGAGUACAAUCUGGUACAAUGUCAUCGACAGAUACUUAA